CUUUUUUCCUCACACGUCGCUAGGAAAGCGCCCCCUCCCCUCCCGCGCGGAACAAGAUGGCCGCCGCGCGCCGUGCCCAGAAUGCUCCGCGGGCCGCCGAGUAGCCGGGCUCCGCUUCCGGGUUUGAGCUCCGAGCUGGGGAGAGCGGGAGUGGCGGCCUCGACUUGGUCGGGCUUGCUAGGCGGGCCAGAGCCGGACGGGCCCUUAUGUGAGAGGAAGGGGGAAAGGAGAGCCCUGGUCGGUCGCCUGCCCUCGGAGGACCAUGAGGCUUCGGAUCCGCUCGAGCUCCCGAGUGCUUCCCGCCCUUCUCCUGUUGGUGUUUGGGGCUCCCGAGCCGGCGGCGCUGAGUCCCCCGCCUCAGUCUCCCCUUCAUCCCGCCCUACAGCACCGGGGUAGGCAUCGGCCGCCGCAGUAUGAGAGGCUGGAAUCUGUUCUUUCAGAUUAUGAUAUUCUUUCCAUGUCCAACAUCCAACAGCACUCAAUAAGAAAAAGAGAUCUACAACCAGAAUCUCAUGUAGAAAGACUUCUAAGUUUUUCAGCACUGCAUAGGCAUUUUAAACUAUACUUAACUGCAACAGCAGAACACUUUUCAAAAAAUUUUCAAGCACUAAUAGUGGAUGGCCAUGGCAAAGAAAGAGAAUACAAUGUAAACUGGCAAGAAUUUUUCACGGGACAUGUUGUAGGUCAGAGUAAUUCUAAGGUUAUAGCGCACAUAGGUGAAGAAGACUUCACAGUGAGGAUCAAUGCUGACAAAGAAGAAUACAAUAUUGAGCCCCUGUGGAGGUUUCUCAAUAAUACACAAGAUGAAAGACUUUUGGUCUACAGAUCAGAAGACAUCAAGGAUUUUUCACGUUUACAGUCCCCAAAAGUAUGUGGCUAUGUUAAACUAGAAGAGGAGGAGGGUUUUUUGUUUGGAGGGCUGAAGGAUGAGAAGUUAAAAGAAGAGAUGGUCCCUCGACAGAAAAGAGCUAUCCCAGACCCCUUGAAGAACACAUGUAAGAUGUUGGUAGUGGCAGAUCAUCGCUUCUUUCAGCACAUGGGCCGUAGUGAGGAAAGUACUACUAUUAACUACCUAAUUGAACUAAUAGACAGAGUGGAUGAUAUCUAUCGCAAUACCUCGUGGGAUAAUGCAAAUUUCAAAGGAUACGGCAUACAGAUAGACCAGAUUAUAGUUCACAGUGAGCCAGAAAAUGUACUUCCUGGGAAAAAACACUACAAUAUGGCAAAAAGUCAGCCAAAUGAGGAGAAGGAUGCUUGGGAAGUGAAACAGCUCUUGGAGCAAUUCAGCUUUGAUAUAGCUGAGAAGGCCGCUAAAGUAUGUCUUGCUCACCUUUUUACAUACCAAGACUUUGAUAUGGGGACUCUUGGACUGGCAUACGUUGGAUCACAAAGGCCAAAUAGCCAUGGUGGCAUCUGUCCAAAGGCUUAUUUUAAUUCAGCAGCUGGAAAAGAUAUCUACCUCAACAGUGGUUUAACUAGCACAAAGAACUAUGGCAAAACUAUCCUCACCAAGGAAGCAGACUUGGUAACUACCCAUGAGCUGGGACAUAACUUUGGAGCAGAGCACGAUCCUGAUGGCAUGCCAGCCUGUGCCCCUACAGAAGAUCAGGGAGGAAAGUACGUUAUGUACCCAAUUGCUGUGAGUGGAGAUCAUGAAAACAACAAGAUGUUUUCAGACUGCAGUAAAGUAUCCAUCCUACGGACUAUUGAGACCAAGGCCCCAGAAUGCUUCAAAGAGCGCAACAACAAAGUAUGUGGCAACUCCCGAGUGGAUGAAGGCGAGCAAUGUGAUCCUGGCCUCUUGCAUCUCUAUGAUGAUCCUUGCUGUACAUCUGAGUGCAAGCUAAAGCAGAAUGCAAAAUGCAGUGAUCGGAACAGUCCGUGCUGUAAAGGAUGCCAGUUUGAAAGUGCACAGAAGAAAUGCCAAGAAGCCAUCAAUGCUACUUGUAAAGGAGAAUCCUAUUGUACAGGUAAUAGCAGUGAGUGCCCUCCCCCUGGGAAUGCUCCAGAUGAUACCAUCUGCGUAGAUCUGGGCAAGUGCAAAGAUGGAGGAUGUGUCCCCUUCUGUGAGAGGGAGAAGGACCUGCGCUCCUGUGCCUGCAAUGAAACAGAUAACUCAUGCAAGGUCUGCUGUCGGGAUGAGUCUGGGAGAUGCAGUCCAUAUGUUGAUGCUAACCAGAACUUCUUAUACUUGAGGAAGGGAAAGCCGUGCACCGUGGGAUUCUGUGACAUGAACGGUAAAUGUGAGAAGCGUGUGCAAGAUGUGAUUGAACGACUUUGGGUUUUCAUUGAUCAACUGAGCAUCAAUACAUUUGGGAAAUUUUUAGCAGACAACAUAGUAGGAUCUGUGCUUGUAUUCUCCCUGCUAUUUUGGAUUCCUCUAAGUAUUCUUGUCCACUGUGUGGACAAGAAGCUGGACAGGCAGUACGAAGAGAACAACAAAUCUCUAUUUGGUCCCAGUAAUGUUGAGAUGUUGAGCAGCAUGGAUUCAGCCUCUGUCCGGAUCAUCAAGCCCUUUCCUGUUGCACCAUCCACGAGUCGACAACAGCCCCUGCAGCCCAUUGUACCAGCACCUGCAGCAGCGGUGGCUCCAAAACUGGAUCACCAAAGAAUGGACACUAUUCAGGAAGAUCCAAGUACUGACUCUCAUAUGGAGGACGACGAUUGCUUUGAUAAGGAUCCUUUUCCGAACAACAGCACCACUGCCAAGUCGUUCGAGGAUCUUACAGAUCAUCCCGUCACAAGGAGUGAGAAGGCCUCAUCCUUCAAACUGCAGCGUCAGCACAGAGUGGACAGCAAGGAAACUGAGUGCUAGCCUCUUAUGCCAUCUUGAGCUGUUGACUGAUGUGAAAAUCAUGUUGAUCUAAAGCCAUUUCAUUCUAGAAAUACCAUUUGUAUAUAUGUACUGAGAGAUGGAAACGGGGAAGUGACCUACUGCAGAUGCUGGCCAUAUGUGUGAUAAUCUUCCUUGGUUUCAUGAUGAGUGCCACUUAGAAAUAUAAAUGCAACAUAAAGUCUCAAGUAUAUCAAACCUUUUUAAAUCUUUUCUAUAGUCUUUAUUUGAACAUUUCCUUCAUCCUCUGGGAUAGAAGCAUAAUUUGUCUGGCAAGAGAUCAUGUAUCUUAGUAUUUUUUAUAAUGCAUCUUCCUGUAAUUCAGCAGCACUGCUAAGUCAGCUUUUUUUUUUUUAGAAUAUAAAAGCUCCAAACUUAUCAAUUUCUUGCGUUUCAGUUUUCAGAAGUCAAACUGUAUUAUUAAAACAGGGUUUUUUUUAAUGAAAAAUGGGUGAAGAUCUUGGACUUAACUGAGACUUAUGAAGGGUGCAGGGGAUCAAACUACAUCUGAAGAGCAAUACAGCAAUAAAUUACUUACCUGCACAUCUCAGGACCUGGGGUUUUCAUGGUAAUUUGAAAUAAGGCUUUUAAUGAUGCAGCUUUUGGCCUAAAUUCAGUAGCAACAUAAGGAAGCAGAAGUUCAAUUCAUGUUUUCCUUCUGGUUUGUUUUUUAGGCAGAGCUGAAGUGUUCAUGGCACUAAGCAGGAUGGUGUCCUGUAUUACAAAACAAAGUGGCUAAAAUAUGUAUUGUAACUUCACUGUUAGCUGAGGAGGAGAGGAUGUUGCUCCAACAAAGUUAAACAAAUCUCUGUCUACCAACUUUUAAGAGAUAGAAGUGAAUGUUAAUCAACACGUUUGUGUAAGAUAAAUCUAGGAGGAGGACUGUAAACGUUUUCUUUUGAAAGUAUUGAUACGCAUUUCUGUGCUGAACACUGUGAUCAAUUUAUAAUUGCAUUUGCAUUUGCAUGACCACAAUUAUUUCAGUGAAGAAUUAACAGGAGUUGUAUGUUUUGGAUGGUAUAUGUUGGUCUCUGGCAGAUUCAAACAAGUUGUUGCAUAUAGACACCCUCCUCCAGCAACCUGGCUUGUAUGAACAGUUCUGAUCUCUGAAUGAACAGUUCUGAUCUCUGACUGCUCUCCAGAGAUAAACAGACAGCAGUAGCUGUGUACAUGAUUAUCGCAAUGUGUCAGGCAUGAUCGAGUGAGCAAUUAGUGUUACUUUUGUUUGGAGAGCUAUUUUGACAUAUGGGAGGGUUGGUUGGUCUAAAAUGUAAGUGCUUAAUUGCUGGAUCAAAUUCCAGCUAAAAAUAUACAAACAAACUGUAAUGUAUGAAUGGUUUGCAUUAUUUCAUAUCUGAUGGAGAUUAACCAAACUUGUGACAUGUGCCUCUUUCAUGGUUACUUGUUACACUAAUACUUGAACUUGUGCCUUUUUGGUAUUUGUACCUAUAGUUUAAUUAUUUUUAGGUUUCGUAAAUGGUAGUGAAUUUUGUGUCAGGAGUAGGAACUCCCAGUACAAUGUAAUAAAAUGUUUUUAUAUGAA